AUGAAUUGUAUUGCCGCUAUUCUCCUUCUUACAGGCAGAAACUCGCCGAUGUCGGAUCGUAUGGUAAUUUCGGGUGGUACGGAAUAUAACUCUAUUUACGACAUCAUACCUGUUAAUUCUGCACGCCGAUUUCUGGUUCCUGAAAGAAAAUCAGGCAUAUUCAUGACCCAGAACCAAGGCAAUCAGCCGGGUACAUAUGUUGCGGCAUAUUGCUCAUUCGAAUUGGAUGCUCUUCAGAUAUAUCAUAGGAUUGUCGAUGGUACCAUAAGUCUGUAUAGUAAAGCCCACAUCGGAUUUAGUAACGAUGCCCAAUUGGAAAAACAUUGUUCAGAUUUGACCUCGAAAAUUCAUCAAAUGCAACCCAAAAGAAUCCCUGUACAUGUGUCGGGACUCAGGUAUCCAAGAGAAUGUACUGAAAUUGUGCUGGUCAGUCUAGCAUUUCAAGGAAUGAUUUUACUACAGGGAGAAUAUGGUUUAACUUCCGCUUUGGCUACUUCCGAUGGACUCACCAUUAUACUGGAUAAGCCGCUUGAGGUCAAAAACUUCGUUCUAAACGGCGAGUUUUUCAUCUUGAAAACUACGGAGUCGAAAGAAUAUGCACUUGCCUGGUAUCAGGGCCACCUACAUGUGUUCAAUAAAUUAAUAGGGACGGAUUUCUGGUACUUAACCAGUAAUAUCGGUCACGAAAUUCGAAAUGGAAAAUUUAUUUCCGAGCUAAUUUUGGAGAACCACCCUGACAUUGUUUCAUUUCAAGAUCAAUUGUUGGCCCUUUCACCAUCAUCUCGUACUAUUUCUUCCACUCAAGAGAGUCGCCUACCCAAAAUUUUUCGAGGCAAAGGUAAACAUGCUCUGCAGUUAAAAGAGCUCGAAGUAAAGACUCCAAGACUUGCCGCAACACCUGCAACAGGGUUUCUUUGUGGGAAUAUAGGUCCGGCCGAAUUUAGCAAUACCCUCGAAUAUGACAAUCCGUGGUACAAUGCUCUCAUGUAUUCAUGA